AUGGCAGUAGGUCAGUUGCUGCUGCUGCUGCUGUCUACUGGGUGCAUCACGGCACUGAAGAAGCAGAACGUGACAGAGAGAUGUCUGGUGGAUACCAACAGUUUCCUCUGGGAGCUGAAACAGAGCAGGCCAAAGGAGUAUGCUGUUGCCAUGUUUGAUGCUUUUGGAAAGAUGGGUAGCAAUGUCAAAGGAGGAAACGUCAACCAGCCUGGCCUACUGCAAGAGUGUCGCUCCGUCCACGGUCCGUCCUUCUCCGGACAAUACUGUCAAGUAUUCCUUAGACAGGAGACAUUCGUGUAUUUUGUGGGUAUCUGUGUUCCUGAUUCCUGUAAAGAAGAGGACUUACAACUGCUGGUCCUGGACGACAGUUUUCAGUUUGGGAAGACUCCUCUCCUCCCUCCUCUCCCGUCCAUCUUCAUAAAUCAGUCAUCGCAGGAGUUGAUCACGGUACACUGUUUACCCAGCAGUGUUUCCCCGGGAAUAGCUGAAGUCACAUGCUUGUUUGUCUGCUGUGUGAUGGUCGCUCUUCCUCUUGCUGCCACAUUGUUCACAGCCUUGGUGAGAUGGCAGAGGAACAGAGUGGUUUCGCCAAAAGAUGAGUCAUGCUGUUUAAACCCAGGCCUGGAUGUUUACGGGAGCUUGAGAACAGACGAUUCCUCAUCGAGCUGCAUGAACGGUUCAGAAGUCAAGCAACACACCAGGAAGAAUCCAAUGGGUUUUCCAGGACAUAUUUGGUGGUGUCUACAGACUUUCUCCUUGCACACUACCACACAAGGGGUCUUGAGUAUCUCUGGCAAUGAAGGAAGUUACUCCUCAUUAAAUGGGAUUCGUGUUCUCAGCCUGUUAUGGAUCAUGUGUGGACAUUCUGUGCAAUUUCCUGUCGUUAACAACCUUGAUAACUACAAAGAUUGGAGGAGCACAGUAGAAAGCAGCCCUCUACAUGUGUUAGCUAUCAGCGGACCCAUCUUUCUGGCUGUGGACACUUUCCUUCUGCUCGGAGGUCUGCUCAGUGCCAGGACGUUGCUUCGGUCCAUCCACCAAGCAGAAGAUACGCUGAGUCCAAGUUUGGUCGCAAACUACCUCCUUAAGAGAAUUACAAGAAUCCAACCUCUCCAUAUGUUCAUCAUAUGUCUGGCCAUUGGGCUCAUCUCUGUCAUCCAGUGGGGGCCCUUCUGGUUCCCAUUUCUAAACACACUAACGGACUGCAAGGCAUACUGGUGGGCCAACCUUCUCUUAGUUAGCAAUCUCCUCCCAGUUCAUGAGAUAUGCGUUCCAUGGACAUGGUACCUUUCUCUUGACUUCCAGUGUUACAUCACCACACCUUUGCUGGUCUACAUUUACAGGCUAAGUAAAGGAGUAUUUACUGUAGUGGCAGGAGUACUGAUGCUGCUGACCAUCCUGAGUGGUUCUCUGGUAACUGCAGUCAUGCACCUGCCUGUCUUCCAGCCUUCCACACUGACUUCAGACGACUACGCCAUGUACUACUAUGUAAAACCCUACACCCGAUAUGGGCCUUUUUUAAUCGGAAUACUUACUGGAAUCUAUAUGACGAUGCGGCAAGACAAACUGCUGUUGAAGAAAUGGCAGGCAGCACUUGGAUGGUUCUUGUGUCUGGCCAGUAUGGCACUGGUGGUGGGACUGGCCUACGCGCUCAGAGAGACACCCAGUGGUCCCUCGCUGCAACACGCUCUCUACCAGGGACUGCACAGACAUGUCUGGGCACUAGCAGUCACCUGGAUCAUACUUGCUUGUGAGGAGGGUUUUGGAGGUUUUGUGAAGACCCUCCUGUCACUGCGUGUCUGGACUCCCCUUGCCAACAUCAGCUUUGCCUGCUACCUCACACAUCCACUCUUCAUCAUACUCUACAUCAGCUUACAAGAAACACCCAUCCACUAUACGAACAUCAACUUUAUGUACAUGUUUCUGAGUCACCUGGUGUUGACCCUUGUUGUGAGCCUCCUGUUGACCAUACUGGUGGAAAGACCCUACAUCGUCCAGAAUUAGGGCUAAACAGCAACAGCAAUCUCUCCCACACCU